GGACAAGUCAAAAUAUUAUUCGCGGUUGUCAGGUUUACAGUGGAUGGUCGUAAUUUCUUUUAGUGCAGGUGCAUUUCGGCCCUCACCAGUUCAGAAUAGAAUAUGAGGCUAUUAUUUUUGUUUCCUUGGACAGAGUUUUAGCCCUAAACGCAUUAGCAAACUGAUAAAGAGCCAGUGGGUGCCAAGCGGAAAGGAACAAUCGGGCGCCGGCCGAAUGUAAGUGACUCCCUGUUCUGCGGUGGCGUUUUUUUCCCUCGCUUUACUCAGAUUGAAAACCGCUUAUUUAUAAGGUCACGUCGAAGAAUCUUAGUCACAGACGACGUGAAUAAUUAAACGUUUCUCCUUCUCUUUUUCCAGUUGCGUUGAAACGUUCAAUAAUGGAGAAUGGAAUGAUGAACGGAGACCAUGAUCGAUCCCGCUCUCCUUCUCCCGGCCUCGUUCGAUCAAACUCUCGAAACGCGUCUUCUAAAGAAAUAAACCGAACAUCGUUGCUGAGAAGAAACCAAAGUCUUAGCGCGAAACAAAUUCGCUUUUACCGGAAUGGAGAUCGAUUUUUUUGUGGGCUUAAACUGGCUGUAUCGCCCGAGCGGUAUAAAGAAUUCGACGCUUUACUUGCCGAGCUUUCAAACAAGCUGGAACUUUCCACAGGGGCUGUGCGCUAUAUUUUCAACGCCGAAACGGGCCAAAUGAUCACAGAUGUAAACGAACUACAAUACGGCGCUAGUUAUGUUUGCUCUUCGACCAAUGUAUUCAAAGAAGUAGAUGCUGGCUAUGGAAACAUGAAACCGUCGUGGUCGCUCGCUCACCACAAGAAAGAAGCGCCACCAACAUCAUCGUCAGUUCAUCUGAUCGAUGGUACUCGCGAUUUCAUCAAACCGAAAUUGGUGACAGUAAUAAAGAACGGAAAACCCCCACAGAAGAAAGUCACCAUGCUACUAAACGCGAAAACAGCAAUUAACCUAGAGCAAGUUUUGGAUCAUUUGUCCUCCAAGGGAACGCUUGGCAAAGUGGACAAGUUGCACACAGUUGAUGGUAAACAGGUAAGGGAUUUUGAUCUGCCAUUUAUUUCGCUUGCUUCAUUCAAUGCGUCGAGAGGCAUUCGUUUUAUGGUUGUCAUUAAUAAUUUAUCAUUGGUUUUGGGCUAGAAGCCUUUGUUCGUGAUAUUACUUCACCAAAAAUGUUUAGAAUCCGUUAGGCUGCUCGACAUGCUAAAAUAAGAGGCAUCCGUGAGAUUUUCGUGCGCGUCUGUUGUGUGUAUAAUAGGCUCGUGUCGAAAUUUGUAAACUACGGUGAGAGGCGGCUAAAAAGCCGACUAAGUCGCUGGCAGAUAUUUUCAUCACGUAGAUUAUAGCGUUUCAAACAGAUUUAUAUUUUGAAGCUAUAACAGAAAGUUUAUUUUGGGGCAAGCGAUUUCAAUUCAAUCGUGUACGCUUAUAAACUUGAAACCUUGGGGGUUGCAUUGAAAUGGAAAAAAAGUUGUAAAUUGCGCCCUGUUGUAUUGACAGCGUUUCGCUGAUCAACUCUGUUGUUUGUUUCUCUAUAUCGCCGUUGUAGUUUUAAGUAAAACGAAAGUAUUCUAUUCAUUGUCUUUAAUUUCUUUCAUUUUCUCUCGAUACAAUCCCGUGGGUACGAUUUGUUCCAUUAAAUUCAAAGUGCUUACAAUUUGAGUUGCUUCUCGCCACGUGGAUCGUUCUUUUCAUUAUUUAUACCCUUCGUGUGGGCAAUUUUCACACUUCCGCCCAUGAAGUUAGGGAUUUUAGAUUGUUGGAGCGAUCUAUCCUUUGCAAAUGCUGGUCGCUAUGAUGUGGUUUUUUGUUGAAAUUCUGCUCUCUCGAUCUCUUGUUUGUAUUUUUCAGAAAAUAUUUUAUGGCUCGCCAAAACAAAAUAUAUUCAUGCUUUCUUAUCACUCAAAACCUUUCAUUGUUUGAUUACAGUUUGUCUGCGGAAUAUUCUAAUUGACCCCGAGAAUUUGAGAUGUUGUUACCUGUUCCCCGGUUGAAGCGUUUAGAAUUUCGUCUGAAACUGAAACCUAGCUAUUUCAUAUUACUUUCAUUAUUGAAGGGUAAUUUAUUUGCUUCAUUUACACGUUGGUCUCGCAAUAAAUUCCCUGGUGCUACGUGUUCGGAUAAAUUGAAGUUUCCUUCCUGUUUUAUUUUCCUGAAAGCAUCCCCAAGAUUUUGUCAUUUUUUGAUCCAUGCACCUUUUUUAUCUCCUUAAAAAUGUCAUAUCUAAAGGCGUAUUUUUACAUAAUUCGUCUUAGGUAAUUACUUCGGAAUGCUGUUUGCAUUCCCUUAUCAAGAUGUGUUUUAGUAAAUAUUGGUUUUUAUUGUACUGUUGUAGGGGGUGUCUUGUUCUAAAAGAAUGGAACAAAAAUAGCAUCAUAGUCAAUUGCAAAACUAUAAAUAAGAAAGAAGUAGCAAGAUUUUGGUUUUUUUUUUUGCAUGGAAAUCAACAUUCACUAAUCAGUUCUAAGAAAAAUUCUAGUGAUUUGAUAUUCAAAAGGUAAAGAAUUGAUUUGGAUAUGCCCCAUUAGAAUUGACAAGUGGAUUUAUUGUGUUUGUGUUUAUUGCUGGUCUCUUGACAAAAUUGCGGUGUAACAAGAAUGUAUAAAGAGAUUGGUGAAUUUAUAAAAAAAUUUGUCAAUGCAGCUAUUAUUCUUCUCAAACAAUGCCAUUUCAAAGGAAUCUGACCAUUAAAUUGCCCCUGCUUGGUUGUUGAUGAAAGUGGAAUGAUUCUGAAAAUGAAAUGUUGGUAGAAGAAAGCAAAAAUGUUGUUACUUAUUUAUGCUUUCACCUGAGUUCUGUUCAUUUUUUUAGCUGCUUUGUUGAGAAUUAAGGUGCUUGUCAGGAUUAAGUUGAUCGUUUUCAUUGCUUCUCUGAGAAGCUAUUUAUCCAGAUAUUCAAGUGAAGAAACAGUUGUUGCUUUUGAGUGAAGAUAAUAUUGAUUGAUGCUAACAGUGUAUCAGAGUGAAUAUUUAUGUGAUCAGAAUAAAGGAUUAUUUUGACUAUGCUCUCUACCUUGGUCUUCGUCUUCCAUUUUAUAAGUUGUAACUCCAAAGUAUGUGCAGUAUGUUGCAACAUGCAACUGUAGCUCAGCAUGAAUGGUGUCAUUUUUGUUUUUGUGGGAGAGGAUGAUAAUUUUAGACCAAGAUAUUUAGCCAUUGACCAUCACACAGACAUAAUGUCUCACGGAUUACUCCUACUGGAUAAAUUCUUGGUUAGGUUGGAUUUAGAUUAAGAGGAUGAAAGUUGCAUUAUGUUUUUCAGCUAUAAUUUCUUACAUAAGGAUUCAGAUCAACUCCUGAGACUAUGACAACAAUCAAAUCUGAUUUCAGAUGAAUGACCCACUCGAAAAACUAAGAUGAAUUGAAGCCUGUGAAAAUUGGGAAAUUUCCCCAUCAGGGAUCAAUGUAGUUCAUGACUUUAAGCUGUUUCCUUGUCAGAAAUUCAAAAGUGUGUUUCAGUGAAUAUAAUUAAUGCCGCAGUUGAUAAUCAGUAGUCUAAACAAGCAAGAUUUUUUUUUUCACUUUAUGUUGGCUAAGAAUUGAACUUAAGUCUUUGGUUUAUGAACCACAUCCGGUUCUCUUGGCUCGCAUCCGAACAUCUCAAAGAUGACCUGUUUUGAUUUAUUUAUACAUUUGAAAGGUUUUUAAUGUAAGCCUGGUUUUCUAACUCUUAAGUGUAAAGGUCAAAAGCAGUAUUUUUGACACUGUUAUUAUUAUUAGUAAGAGGAUGAACCUAUUUUCCUGGAUUGGCCUUUUUUCGCUUCUCAGUUAAUUAUAGAUCAUCUUGCCUCUUGUUUUUUCUGAAGUUGAAUGGAGGGUUCUGUUUUCCUGCUAGAGUAUUGUUCAACACUUUCAGGAAUACACCCACAGUAGACAUGCAAUUUAGUACUCCAGGAGUGGUGCCAAUUUUCACUCUUGUUAAUUCAGAUAGGAAGGCAGCAGUGAUAACCUAUGACUUUUUUAUGGCUUCAAUUUAUUUUUUGCAUGCAAUUACAGUCUAAAACUUUCCUUUCUGUGUCAUUUUGAGAGCUUUGUUUUAAAUAAGGGUUUUUGGGUUAAGGGAUUUUCUCAUGAUCAUUUUUUUUCUCUCUUUGGUCACCAAUAUCACAAUACUGAGAUUGUUUGUUAGGAACAAAGUGUCUGGAAGUGCUUUGCUAGAGGAAAGGCAAAAUUGUCUAAGUAAUUCAAUGUUAAUUUUCACAGUUGUGUGUUGGUAAUUAUUUCCUGUCCUUGUCAGACUUGCCUUCUAUUGAAAGGGUGUUGGCUGUCAAAAAAAAAAAAGAAAAAUGAAUUUGAAAUUUAAUUUUUUAAUAUGCCAGCUGCAGUCAUCUACUCAGUGAUAUUUUCUUAAUGUAAUAACAAACAUUUAGGCAUCAAUAUCGCAAAUACAAAUAUGUUUGAGUUGAUUGUUGGUCUGUGUAGGAUAGCAGAAUUCUGUUUUCCUGCCAAAGAGGAAAGGAGAAGCCUUUUGAAAGUAACUGGAAUAGCAUGGGCCUCCAAUUAUGAAACUGAAAAAAAAAGAUUAAAUGAUAUUCUGUUUCUUCUCAUUGUAGAUUAGGGAACUGAGACACCUGUUUGGUGAUGACACAAUGUUUGUUGCCCUCCAAAGUAAUGAAAAGUUCCCAGACGAAGGAUUUGAUGUUGAUGUGCAAAGUAAGUUGUGUAAAAAUAGGUACAUAUUUGUUAGUGUUGUAGAGUGAAGCCACAUUAUUGAAAAAGAAACAAGAAAAAUCUGAUAACAGUGGCCAGUGAAGAUUCUUAAAAAGCCUUGGUGAGGGCAAAACAUUAUUUUAAUAUGUCACUUGUUCAAUUUCUGAAGAGGAACUGUGUGGAGAGAGUGUGAGAGUCAAAAAAGAAUGUAGACUGAAGUCUAAAAUGAUGAUCCUCAAGUACCAAAAAGUUACUUGUGUCAUCAAAAAUGUGUGGCUAUGGCUUGUGGUGAAUACUCUUGUAAUGAUGUAUAAUCAAUUGCCUUACGAUGUAGUCAGCAAUCUAUAUCAAAGUGACUUCAUGGUGAUACAAAAAAAAACUUUAUCACCAAAAAUAAUUACAUAGGUGUAGAUAUAUUUGUACUUACUAAAAUGUAAAGUGCACUUAGCAUUCUUGUGUGUAAGGAAUUUUUGUACAGUAGAUAUGUCUGCAAAUUGGCUAGAAAGGGCCAUUGUGAGGAUGUAAAACAACUGGGAGAGGAACUGGCCUCACAUGGGAUUACCAAUCAGAGAGUCUUGUUGAAUCCCUAUUCUUGGACAGGACACUAAGCUCUUGCGAUGUUGCUCUCCUACCAGUUGUAUAUACGGAUACCAAAGCCAAAAAUGCAAGGAGAGGGGGUCCUUGCUAUGAAAUAUUGUUCCAACUAGGAGUAGACAUGUAUUCUCUGAUUACUUUAUAAGGAAUAAGCACCGGCAGUUAUGGGUCACUUGGCUUUUAGUGUUAACAUACUUUAACCUUUUAACUCCCAGAAGUGAUUAACAUGUAACUUCUCCCUAAAAUAUCCAUUCACUAUCCAGCAAACGGGUAAUGAAAGUACUCAGACUUAUCAGGUUAAAGUUGUUGCCUUGAUUUAACACCAAAUUCUUGUAACUAAUUUAUAAGGAAAUGUGUGGCAGCUGGAAGGGAGAAUUAACAAUCAGAUCUGAGAGUUAAAGGGUUAAGGCCGUCGACUAUUGGCUCUCGUGUAAGCGAGGCAAAAAUGAGCAACAAUCAGCAAUAAUACAUGCACCUUGUCUUUGCAUUCUCUCCACAAAUGGCAGUUGCUGACAAAGGCAACUGCACCAUAUGCACUCUCUUCAAUCACUGAGAUAUCAUCACAAAACAGGCUCAAAGCAGGUCAGGAAAUAGGAACUCAUUAAAACCCAAAUUCAAGCCAAAAAAAAUGCACUUGUUUUUGUACUCGCUUAUACGAUGGCAAACACCUUGCAUUUAUUUUCCUUGGAAAAGUCAUUAAAACGCCUUGGUUUGUUUUAAUCCCAGGCUUCCGCCCACGUUGGCGUCAUGCACCAGUCACAGAAUUUUAUUCCUAUAUUCCUGGCCUGCGACCUGAGCCCCCACCUCCAGAAAAGAAGUUCACAGUUCACUUGCACUGUAUCUUAGCAGCAUCCAUGUCAAAUUUAACGACACCAAGGCCAGUACCUGUAAGAACGAGGUCUGUUUCACCUCGACCCACUUACACUAGAAAGUCCUACACACCAUCCCCAAAACCAACACCAAAGUUAUCGGGAAGUUUUGAAGCUCGCAGACCAAAGUCUGCUAUUGGGGUUCCGUCUGAGUUUUCACGUAAGCCUCUGACGCCUACUCCAGUGAAAGGAAGUACAUCUCUAAGACCAGCAAAGAAGCAUACUGGCUCAGAUAAGCCUGCUCCCAUAAAACCAAAAGCGGGUUCUGACAAACCAGUAGCUAUAAGAGGAAGGCCAAGAAAUGCAGAGAGGCCCCCGAUGCCUUUUCAACGCAACCUAUCUCCAGAAAGCUCUGAUUCUGAAGAUGAUGCUGGUCGCAAUGGUUACUACAUUUACAUUUACAAUGAAAAGAUGAACAAGAGUCAAGGGCAUAAUGAAGGAAAGCCAACUGCAUCGGUGAGGCCAAUGAAGUUUUCCAGGGAAGAGAAGGAUGCAGAUGAGAUUGAGCCAAAGGAUCCUUCAGUAAAAUUAGACCUGAAACCUAUGAUGUUGAACAUAUCACCUGCUGACUCUCUGGAAACAGUCUUGGCUUGAUGUGCUUCACAAUAUUUUUCCUUCUAAAUGAGAUUUCACUUGCCAUCUCACAUUGAAACUGGGUUGGACUUUUUUUGGUCAGUGCUUGUUUUUGCACUAUCCACUAUUUGCUUGAUUGAUGAGUACAAAUGCUUUCACUUUUGAGAAUAUUUUACUCAUGUAUUUCAUAACAUGACAACCCUAGUUUUAACUUGCAUCAAUCAUCAAAAUAGAUCAGUUAAAAAAGAAACACAUUACUUCUGUGGGUUAAAAAGGUCACUCUAGACCAGUAUGGUUGAAGGUGUAUUUUAAUCCUUUUUUUUUGUGUGGGUUUUUCAGUUUUUAAUUGAUCAAAGUUUUGAAACUUAUUUAAUCAAAACAUUACAUAAUACUCACUUGUGAGUAAAAGUAACCAUAGUAUUGUAUAUAUAUUACAAGUAAAUUUUAAAAGUAGGUUAUUUAACCAAAGUAUUACCAGAUAGUUUCAUUUUUAUCAGCACAGAAAAAUUUUCAUUUUUAAUGUUAUAUUACACACAAAGUUUAUUUGAAAUUUUUUAGUCACCAUAUAGUAGACAAUCAUAGUAUCAUAUAGCCUUUCACUAGAGAUGCAGGUCAUUUUUUGUGUAGCGGGUUUUAUUUAUUUUAAGUUUCUUUUAUUUUUAUUAUUUAUUCACACUCAUUGUGAAGAAUUUUAAAGAGACUUGGACAAUUUCCCCUACAGUAUCAGGUAGGGGAGAGGUUCACAAGCACAAGGUAAAAGAUCUAUUGAUAUUUACCCCUCCAAACAUCCUCCUGGAUGGGUCAGAAAUAAUUUGAAGGAAAAGAAACAAUUACUGCUGGUAGAGGCAGUACCAAAUUUUAUCCUUUUUUGUAGAUCUUGAUUCAAGAAGGUGUACUGAUUUUUCUUAAAUUGAUUAUGGUACAGUUCAGAAGUAAUCUGAACUUUUGUAGUGCUUUGAAAACCAAGCACUUUGAAAUUCUUACUGUAAUUUAUGAACACCUGUUUUGACUUUUAAGUAUACUUGUACAGGCUUUCUUGUAAGAAAAGUCUAUUGCGGUGUUUACUUCAACAUAUGGUAUUUUCAUUCAUGCGAAGGUGUGGAUGAAAUAAUUCAUUCCCAAUUUCAUCAAAAAUCUCAAGGCUGGACUUUCAUUUGAUCAAAAGUGUAUUCCACUCAAUCACAACCAGUCUGUUAUAUUUUUGGCAGAAUUAUUCGUCAAAUCAAAUAGUGUAUUAUCCUUUUUAGUCAAGGAUUCUCUUAUUUUUAGCAUGGUUAUCCAAAUAUACACAAUAUUAUUGAUAAAUGAGUAUUUUUGAUAGCAAUAUUUUUUCUUAAGUAUUAUCAUAUUAUCAACAUUAUCUUCUCACUGAUACAAGUUAUGUCAGUUUUUAAAGUUACAAAACCAUGUAAAGGCACUUGGAACUUGCUGCCAAUAAUAAGUCAACUGGAAUCUAUUUAUCUGAAGUACUGCAUGUCCAUUAUGACUCUCAAGAAAAAGUGUAAUAAAAAACUAAAAACUAAGGUGUUAUCUUCCAUAAGUAAAUCUCAGUAAAGAAAGUAAAUUUUAUUAUAAGCUUAUUAUGUAAGUACAAAUUGAAUUAGACAAAAUAUUGUUAAACUUAAAGUUAAAGUUCCUAUUACUAUAUAAAUAUUAUAUCUAAAUGUGUUAUGCUAUAUUUAACUGAGAGAGACAAAAUUUAAGGGGUUACAGAAUUUAAAAGCAUCAAUGGCAUUUUAAAGUUGAAUUUUAAAACAUUGGUAAUCCUAAUAAUAAUAAUACAUUUAAUAACAGUUAUAAUGAAGGGCUUUCGCCUAUCAAAGGACAUACAAAUAUUGAGUAGCCUAUAGGGAAUUUCUAGUUAGAUUGUUGUGUUUGUUAUUUAUCGAGUUUACAGCAGUGUUAAUAAGGUUGGUGAAUUUUAAAGGUUUUAGUCUGGAAAAAGAGUUAGGAAAAUUUCUAAAUUGGACAGUGAAUAAGAAAUGACUCAUAGAAAUUUAUUCAAGGAGAGAAUGCAAUGGGCAAGGGCAUAUACUUUUUUAUAACUAAUAAUUUUAGAGUUUUGAACUAUUUUUAGAGUCUGAGAAGGUAUUUGGAAAAUUGUGCUAAAAGUGUUUGUAAUGGAAUAUAAAUUGGAUAGGAAAGUAAAUUCCUAUUGCUUGGGAAGGGAAAUGGAAUUGUAGAAUGUAAGAGUUAUGGUAUGUCACAGUACACUGCACUAUAAUGGUACUGUUUUUUAUUCAAAGUCAUGUCAUGUUACACUCAAGACAUUUUUAGUAAUAAAAUGAAUCUGUUCGUUUUAUUGAAGUUGUUUCAUAAAUGGAUUACUGUUAGCAAUUUUCCUUUGAGUGUUAAAAGCAAUCAGGGAUGGCAUUCUAGACUGUGGAUUUAGUGGUCUGGUUUAUGUUGAAACAUCAUAGCAACUUUUAUAGAUUAAAAAAAAGUGAAAUAAUAUGUUUUUGAAGUAUUCAAGUGGCUUUUUAUGCGAGAGCUCACUUGUGUUUGGGUAGCUUAAAGCUACUAGUUGUAUUUAUGUCUUGUAGGAUGAUUACUAGAGAAUUCUAUGCUAGCUACAUAAUUGUUAUCCCAACUGUUUUUUAAGUGGUGAAGUUAAACUUUUAAGGCCAAGUGUCUCGUUACUUCCUGUGCUUAUGGGUGGUUUUGCCCAGUGUGACAUGAUCAGGAGUAUGUCUCGGACACUUUUAUGGAAUGCUAAUUUAUCACUGUGAACCUGCAGCUGAGCUUUCUGUCAAGUUUUCUGUUUCAGUUUUCUCCCAUCCAUUUAUACAUCUGGUUAACAUUUAACUCCCAUGAGUGACCUGGAGAGAAUUUCUCCUUACAGUGUCAAUACAAUAUUUGGCAGACAAGUGAUGAGAAUAAAGAAAAAUAUCAAUUAGGGGAUUAUAAGUCAACCCAAUACCAAUUCUUCCCAACUAAUAUCACAAGAACUGUAUGGCAGACAGUAAGGAGAAUUACUGACGAGAUCUUGAGAGUUAAGGGGUAAAGAGGGAGUAAAGGUUCCCUCUUUAGAAUACUGUACAAUGACGGGGCUUGGUCAUGAACUCAAAUCCAUGAUCAAACUGGCUAAAGUGUUUCUUGCAUGUUAUAAGAGCCAUCUUAUUUCUUUUGGUGCAAAGAUACACUGCUCUUUGCCUGAGUUCUUAAAACUGACCACAGUAUAUCCUACACUUUUUGUUUUUAGGUUAUAAGAUUACUCCAUAUAGAGAUCUCAAGAGGCCUGCUGGCCUGAAAAGGUCAUCUUCACUACGAACCCCACGUGGAAGGCGAGACAGUGGAUCUAAUGAUACUGGUAUGUAGAGCAACAACAGUUCCAUGAACCCAUUAAACUAUAGUGUCAUAACACUGUCAACAAGAUAACUUUAAAGAAUAAAAUAAAUUGUUCUGGCCUUUAGAACAAAGUCCUCAAAUUAAAUAAAAAGAAUUGUUUGAAAGUUAUUGCGGAAAAUUUUAAAAUGAUUUGCAGUAUGACAACAGCAGUUUUGUGCUAAUUGUUUCAAUGUUUGACCAAAGAUCAACUAAGACAAAAGCAUUCUAAAUGUUUAGGAAUAAAUUUCUAAACUGAAUGUGCUAGAGGAGGAGAAAGAAAUUGAUACAUAAGAGAGUAAAUAGAAGUGAGUUGGCAAUACUAUCAUGAUCAAUUUGGCUCAUAAAUUAUGUUCUAAAACAUUAAAGGUAAAAUAUGUAUUAAAUUGUUUAUACAAAAAGUAUAAUCAUUAAUAAGAAGAAUUUGGUAUAAUAAACUGAUUAUAAAAUCUCCUUCCUAAAGCCAAAAAGUUGGCAGUGAGCAGUAACAAGAAUUUGUAAUGUUAAAUAUUUUCAGGCGGUAGCCACACUCCCUCUCGUGAUCGUCAGGUGCGACGGUCCGCAUCAGGUAAAAUUGACAUAUUGCUAUAUUGUUAGUCAGUUCUAAAUUUUCUACAAUUAUGAAAUAAACAUUCCAUUGUCUUAAAAUGAGUUAAGAAACAAAUCUCAAUAGUUCAUGGUGUUCAAAACAAGAGAAAAAGAAAAAACUUAAUUUAGGUAGUUGUGAGUAAAUUUUGCUGCUUUACUGCUUUACUUGUAAUUGAGGAAAUCUGCACAUAUAUAUAAAUCUUUCACUUUGAUUUUAAAGCCAGAUGUUUUCUUUCAGUAACAUCUUUACACUAAAAAGUCUUUCUUGAUUAAAAAAAGGAAAAUGUAUAACCUUGGAGUUCUGAUUUUUGAAAGUGGAUGUACUGUAUUUGUUUCUGGUUAAAAUAGCUUGUAAUGAAAGCUUUAAGUAGCCUGUAUGCUAUCAUGGCAAAAAUGAUGUGUUAAAUGUGAAUACUGUCCACUGAGGCAUGGUUUCAGUUACUGGAACUUAGACAUGAUGCCAAAAACUAAGAUAAUGCAUUACUGCAAAUGAAACUAUUGAUCAUUGCAGUCUCAGACUGCAGAUGUGCUUGUGCAAUCUCUUCAUGUCUUGUAAGUUUAAUUUUAAUUCCUAUUUAGUUAAGAGUGCUGGUAAAGAACGAGGAAUGAGUCCUGGACCACCAGCUAGGGUAAGAGUAAUAUUAGUUGGUUUGCCUAGAGCACUAAGCAAUCAAUUUCUGGUACUGUGUUAAAAUUAAUGUAAAUUAAACCUUUAACUGGAGAGCCAGUACAGUAAAGUUGUAAUACAUAGACAAAUUUAACCCUUUAAUUCCCAUGAGUGACCAAGACAGAAUUUCUCUUUAUAAUAUCAAUACAACAUCAAGCAGACAAGCAAUGAGACUAAAGAACAAUAUCAAUCAGGGGAUUAUUAGUUGAUCCAGUGCCUCCAAUUCUCUGAACUAACAUCACAAGAAUUAUAUGGCAGAUUUUAUGGAGAAUUACUAAUGAGAUCUUGGGAGUUAAAGGAUUAAAAGAGGCUCCUACGGGGGACAGUAUUUUAGUGGGUGUCUUUCUUUGAGUUCAAAGGAAACUUGUUACAAAUAGCACUUAUAAACUUCAUGGCCACAUGAUCAGAGCAAGGACAGUAUUUUAGUGGGUGCCUUUCUUUGAGUUCAAAGAAAACUUGUUACAAAUAGCACUUAUAAACUUCAUGGCCACAUGAUCAGAGCAAGGACAGUAUUUUAGUGGGUGUCUUUCUUUGAGUUCAAAGGAAACUUGUUACAAAUAGCACUUAUAAACUUCAUGGCCACAUGAUCAGAGCAAGGGCAGGAUUUCAGUGUGUAUAUUUCUUUGAGUUCAAAGGAAACUCUUGACAAAUAGCACAUAUGAAAUACCUCAUCUGUUGACUUGUGAUUGACACUGAAGUAAAGCCAAUUAAGUGGUGACAAUAUUUUAAUUUAUUUCUGAUACAGGUGAAUGGACACAGCCCAAGAGGUGUGUUGGCUACUUAUUUGUUAUUAAAAUCCCUUUUAAACAUGAUUGAUAUGCUUUGUUUCUUUUGUGAAGAUAACUGAUUGUGUUCAGAAUGAAAAAAAAAUAGUCAAGAAAAAACAUAUAUUGCUGAAUGUAAUACCAAAGUCUUACCACUAGUAUGCAGAGAAAGUAUGAUUAUCUAGAUAGAAAUAGUAAAUAAGUCCUCUCCAUGCACUGAAACAACCUUUUCAUAAUUACUGAACGAAAAAUCUUCUUUAAACAGCAACUAGUGCCAAGUCUCCUAAUGGAUCUUCUGGAAGAAGGGUUAGUGAAUUUUUUUUUUGUUUUGGCUUCUGGUGUUUAGCAACUUAAGUUACAGUAUCUUAAGUAAGCAGUGAUUUUUCCCCACCUCAAUUUAUUUACAAGUGAGUGUCAUAGUUACAAUAUUACUUUGUAUGCUUUUUUUCUUUUGCAGACUCCAAACAGUUCUUAUGCCCACCCUAAUGAGGAACUGUAAGUCUGUGCAAGUGGAAAAUUAUAUUUGGACUUAACUAUAUGUCAUCUGGUGUAGGACUGAUUCAUUGUGAAGUGCACCUUUUAAUGUGUUGUCAAACUUUUAUUAGUUGAUUGUGAAAAGUGGGAGCUUUUCAGAUUGCUUGUGAUCUUCAACAUGUCACAUUUUCAUCCUUGGUAUGGUAAAUGUGUAAAUUUCCCUUACAAUUACAAUAUGUUUUUAAGGAGGUAGGUAAUGAGAAUUGAUAUGAUUAUCAAUCAGAGGAAAUUGCCCACAUAGAAAACCUUAUUCUCAGCAUAAGUUGAAGAGAAAUGUAAAGUCACAUGUUGCAAGAAAGUGUUGUUCUCAGUUUGUGGGGGUGAAAGGUUUUAGAUCACUAUUUUGGGCCAUUUUCAAUGUCAUGAAGUGGGACUUAUGGUUGCUCAGUGGUUGUUAUACAAGACUUGGACCUGGAUGGGUCAUUUUGACUUCAUUUUCAAUAAAUUGUGACAUGAAGCCUUCAAAUGAAGAGGAUAUGGUUCUCAAAGCAGUCAGUACAUGCAAUAUUGAUAUCUUGCGAUUCACUUCAAGUCUGAAUAAUUUUCAAGUUGGCAAUCAUUUAGUAGCUUCAGUCAAUUACUUCCAAACUUAACUGUUGAUUUUAUUGAUGAAGACACUCUUUGGAUAACAGGAAAUGAUGUUUGUUUGAAACAGGUACCCAGCUCAUGUCUUUGAGAAGGAAUCACCCGAUUCAGGUGAGAUUAUUUUGUGAAACACUUAAAAUUUAUCCAAGAUCAUGCCUUCUUUGACUGAAAUACAGACAUCCAGAGGGGUUUGAGUACUUCAGAUUCGAGUCCAUACUUAUAUGAGUAGCUGAAGCAACUUGAAGAAUUUGUGCUGGUCACAAUUUCACAUACUCAAUGUAAUUCUGAAUGAAAAUAUUUGAUCCUUCUCCUUGUCUGUAUUUUUUAAAAAAAUUCUCAGCUUAAAGCUAACUAUAUGCCAAUAAACACUUUUAAAAUUUAAUAAACAAUAUAAAAAGUGGUUGAAAAAAAUUAAUCCAUUUUAAAGCUUAAGGUUUGCCUGUCACACAAUCAAAGCUGCCAGCUUCCAUUAAUAUUAAAUUCUGAUUUGUAGGUCCUUACUUAAACUGUAAAUAUGUUGUUAAAAAUUGCAACUUUCUGUCUGAGUUGAAGAUUUGUCACCCUGAGAUUAAAAAAAAAAAACAUGAAAGAAUAUAAAGUGAUCUUUUAAGCCUUUCUGUCUUGAAUUAUGGAAAGAUGUAGAAUUGGGCCUAUCAAUUUGGAUGGUGAUUAUGGAAUGAAAGGAACAAGAGUGAUACUUAGUAAAUUUUCAUACUAUACACAGCUUGGAGGAAGGGAGCUCCGAAGAAAGUCAUUAGGAAACCUAAAACAAAGACAAACCCUCCGUCAAGUGACAAGUUUUAUUCAACUGUAUGGCUUAGUGAUUAUGAAUCGGAGCCAGAUAAGAAGUUAGAACUAAUGGGAAAUAGGGGUACAAUCGCAUUAAGUAGCCAUGCCACCACGCCCUACAGUAGCCGGCCCACAUCACCCCUCAGUAGCCAGGCAUCUUCUCCAUUUAGUAGUCGACCAAACACUCCUUCACUUUUUUCAAAGUUUGAAGAUGAAGAUUCAGGCUUACAUUCCGAAAUUGAUAAAUCAUAUGAUGAAGCAAUUGGGCUUAGGAAGAAACUUCAUAGAACAUUAAGUUUACCAGAUGCUGAGCUCAAUCAGCUUUGUGCUAAAGACCUUCAAGAUCGUUUCACAACUCUACAAUUAGAACAAGAGAACAGAGAAUUGAAAAAACUUACUGUUGAAUUACAAGCAGCCUUAGAAAAACUAGAGGAAAGAGUAAACUGUUUACGGAGUAUUGAACAUGACAGUCUAGAUGAGGCGUCAUCAUUGGCAGAAACUCGCCCACACAUAAGUGAAAUUCACAUAGAUUCAAAAGUCUCUGUAGAAAAUUAUCAUUAUGAUCACAAGAUUCCCCAGUCUAAUGAACUACCACAAACACUCAGAAAGAGAUCAAAAAGUGAUGCAGAUUUGCUUUUGAGGAGAAAAAAUAAAUCAAAAGAUACCACAACCUGUUGUGUGAGCUAGUCAAAAGAAGGAAGUGAAGUUAUUCAUAUGUCGAUAAUUUGAAUACUUGUUUUUGUAGAAAAUUGUCCCAUAUUUCAAUUGUGACAAAACAAUAGGUGCCUCUGGAAUUGAAUUGCUAGAGGAAAAUAUUAAAUACCUAUCAACCUUUCUGUCUUUUUGAAGACUCAAGGAUGUAGUUUUAUUUUCAUUUUCCCUUUUUUGAUCUAGACCAAUUUUUAACUGACUAAUUUUCCUACAAUACCUCACAGCUGAACGAAUUAUGAAACUGCUUUCACCCGAGCACCCAUCAAUUCCACAUUGCUGUGUAUUGUUUGACAAGAAGCAUGGAGACCAAAGUGAAUGGAAGCUUUUCAAGGAAUUUCUUUCUGGCACUGAGAUACAGUAGAAUGCCUAAACUGUUUGUUUAUGCUUAUUGACAACCAAAUAUUACAGCAUGAAACACUUGGAUUUCUCUAUCAAAGUGUUAGAGUUAAAAUUUCAAACAAACAAGUUUAUUUUUCCUCAUAGCUUAUGUAACAAUCAUUCAUCUUUGUGCAUGAAUUGGUUUAAGUUAAUAAUUAAUUGGUAUGGUAUAAUCUUUGAUAGCUAUAAUUGGCAUGAUUUUGGAUGAAGUCUGAAUCUUCUCAUGACUCUGAAGAGUGAAAAUUUUUAACAAUUAUUUGUUUAUCAUUUAGAUUCCCUUCUUGUCGUACAAUAGAGAAAGUGUUAAUUUAACACUUCCUCUGCUUACAUGAGAAAAUGUGACAUUGAAUCUUGAUCAUAAUAAUAACAGAUAUAUCAUAAAUUCAUAAAAUUGAAGUUAAAAAUUUUGAGUAGAUAUUUCAUUGCAUAAAACCCAAAUUGGGAAUAAACUGAAAUAAAACUCAAGAAGUAAUUGUGAACCUAAAGCAACAUCAACUUCUUUGUGAACAGGAAUUUCUCGUAACAAGAUGGUUUCUCUUCUGCAUUGAAAUAUGUCUUGAGAUUUAGAGCACAUUGUGCAAGGCCCUCUAUGGGUUAGUAAGCCUGUGUAUCAUUGGAAAAGAUUGCUUUUCAUAAAAGAUCUCGCCAAGAAGCAAAAGAAUUAUAAAUAUUUUUAACACAAGAGGGCCAACUUCUGAUCUUAGUAUAAACUGGAAGUGAUGUUGAAUUGCAUGAAUACCCAUAGAGAGACUAAACUCAUGAUUUAAACAUUAAAAAACACAACAUAUACUCAAAGAUUCUUUAAUAAACCUUGCUUGAAUUUUUGCAAUAUAUUUUUAACAGAGCAUAUUAAACUUCUUACUAAAACGAUAAACCAAACUUAAAUCAAUAACCUGAUAAACAGAAAUGACAGUGUAGAAUGAUUUUUUCCCCAUAAUAUCCUGUUCUGUAUAUUCAAGCUGUAAAUAUCAUCUUUAUUUUAUGAAUAAAAUAUAUAUACCAACCUUAUAAGUUUGUUUUUUCCUAUUUAUUAUUUUGGGGACUACUAAGGCAGCUUUUGUCUAAAUAUAAUGUUUUUUCUGUGUGACAGGCCAGCUUAAUCUUUAAAAUAGUAAAAUUUUAAACACUUAGCUAAAUGGUUUACUCAAUUAUUGUAUUAACUUGUAAUGUUUGUUCAUCAUUGUUAAUAUGUAAUCUGUUUAUUUCCCUUCCUUGACUAUACUAUUAUCAGUCAGUUUCAAUUUAUUGUAUUACUAUGACAUUCACUUUCUGUGGAUGAUUUAUGAGUAAUAUUAUUGAGAUGAUUUGCUGGCAUCUGAUGCACUGAUAAAUCUAUCCUAAAUGACAUUGAUUCCCGCAUUGUGAAUACUUAAGAAAAAAAAAUUGUGUUUGUCACACACCAAAAGCAUAAACUGAUUAGCAAAAGCUGCUUUAGGUGACAGAAGCAGGGAUGAUACAUUGGAAUCAAAACUACUCUCUUCCCAUUUUGGCUUGGGUUUGAUUCUCAGAUCUGACUUCCCAUGUGGGUCAAGUUUUGUGUUGUCUUUGCCUUGCAAGGUUUUCUCUCUGCCUUCUCUUGUAGUAGUCUUUCUUCAUCCCAAACUGAAUCUUGUUCAUGUUGUAUUUCCUUCCCUAUCUGUCUGUUAGUUUAUUAUUUCUGUGAUGGUUUAUUAUUUAUGCUUCCAUUUUGUCUUUGUGUGAAAAUUUUACUUGGGGUUUUUCUUGAGUUAUCUGAAUAUUAAAUUGCUUCUAUAUUUAUAUUCCAAUUUGCAAGGAGCUCCCCUCUACUUAAAAGUGAAAAAAUACUGAAUUAUUGUUGGGCCAGUUUUAAAUCACACAAAUUGUAAAUAGAAAUUGGAUGACAGCUUUUGUUUGAUAUGUAGACCAUUUCUGCUUAGGAGCAAUGGUUCCAAAUAUUCUAUUUGGGAAGGGGGAUCUGAAAACUAGAACUUGUGGUCAAGACAAAUGAGUACCAUGCAUGGGUGGGUUCGAGCAGGUGGCAACAGCAAGAUGUUAAUGUAGGUACCAGUUGGAGAGCAUGGGUCGUGCAAAGCUGAUUUAAUAGUCUAUUUGUAUUAAAUCUUGGAUCUUUUGUUUACUGCAUUACAUAAAACACCAUUUGCACCAUAUGGAGACAAAAACACAAUUUUUGUAAUGAUUUCUGAAAUUAUUGUAGCUUUCGAUAAUUUUUUUUCGUAGCUUGAUAGUUCCUGUGUGCUAAAACUUUUUUUUUUAAUAUGGUUUAAAAAGUAUGUGAGGCAAAACUGGUCCAAUAAUUUUGCUAGUGUAUUGAAAAAUACAAUCAUGUUUUUGUCUUCAUAUCAAUAGAGUGCACCCUUAAAAAAAGGAGAAUUGAAAUUCUCAGACAACUAAAGUCACUAAACCUUGAUGUCAUAUGCUUUCUCUGCAGAGAGAAUCGAUUCUGGUGUGGAUGCAUCAUUUGAGUAGAUACGAAGGAGCUCCUUGCUUAUUCCCUGUCUCUCAUGGAAUUGGGAGCAUGAAUAAAAUGUUUAAUUCACUGAACUUUAAAGUAAACAAGUGCUAAAGAUAAACCUUUGAAGCAACUUGUAGAAAUACUUUUGUUCUUUCUUGAAAUUUAAUGUGCUGUUUGCUGAUAUUGAAAUUCCGCUAAGUAAAAGAUAAGCAAGUUUUAAAUUUUGUUUUUAAGUUAGGUUUCAAUUAAUUUUCAUUAUUAAAGUCAAGUGCUUAAAACUGUAGAGUUUAGUGUCACAACUUGUUAGAAGCUAGCAAAUGCUGUUAAAUUGUUAUGCAAUUUAGUUGGAUUGCAUAGUCAAUGAUUAAGCUCUUUUGUUGAGUGCCAAAAAAGCUGUAGAAUAUUUUAGUUCCCACUAUACUCUAGGCAAGCCAAAGAUUGAAGAAUAAUAGUUGUUAUAAUCUUCAAAACUCUAAAACUAGGAUUUUGAUUGAUUGACUUAAACGGCUGCCACCAUUUUCUGCCUUCACUGUCAAUUACGUUAACCCAAGCAAGGUUUAUUACUUGUUUAGACCAAGAUGCAAGACACAAUUUCAGUUUUCUUGAUUUUGACCAAAAAAUCAAUUUAUCAGAUUUUACUUGCAACUUAUAGCCAUGUAAAUUGUUCAACUUUCAUUUUAACCAUUUGUUUAUUUUAACUUUUUUUAACUCCUGGUGAUUCCUGGUAGGUAUUGACUUGUGGCAAUUUGACAGGUGUUUUUCAGUUGUGAAUGACUUAAAAAAAUUGGCUAUUAAAUGAUACUAGGCCUUGUCCAUUUUGAAAUAUUUUCCAGCAUUGAUCAGCUAAAAUUUUAUUGUGAUUAUGAAAGCCAUAACACAUAAUCCAAUUGUAAAAUUGUUUUCAGUUCGUCAUGUUUGAUUUGGAACCAUAAGAACUGGUAGAGUACUAAAUGGUUAGUGAGUGUUAUCCAGUAGUCAAAUAAAUGGAGAUGAUAACUCCUGACAGCUCUGUCUCUUCUCUGUUCUCAAAUUAAUCUGUCUCUAUCUUUAACAUUUAAAACUGCUUGGUGGUCUAAGCAAGUAAAGGGUGUAAUUGUGGGUUUAACAGAAGUUUAAUUUGGUGAAGGGUUUGUAGUGUUCAAAUGCAAGUGAAAAUAACAACAUCAAUUUUUACCCAAUUCAAAAGUGUAACAUUUUAAAAGUUUCAUUUCAAGUCCUUCAAUACUGUCAUUUGGUUGAUAACAAGGAAUUAUCACCUUAAUGUUUUUACUUAUCAUUUGUAUUUUGAAUUUGGAGGCAGAAUUGAAUCUCCCCAAAGAUCAUGCUAAUCUUCCCCUUUUCUUUUUUCUAUCCAGCUGUGACUUCCAGUAAAUUGCGAAGUGUAAUACAAGCAGAACAAUUCCAUUUAUGGAAAUCCUACUUUAGGUUCUCUUGUUACCAAUCCUUUCUUUGAGUUUCCUUUUAAGGGUACUGUCUCAUAAAUAAUUAGUUUUUCCUUUGUUCAUUCUUAUCUUCCAUCUUCUCUUAACCUAUCUGGUAACAAACACAUCUGCCAUCAUUAUUGCAUUUUCCAAUAAAAAAUAGUUUUACCUCAAAGUUGAAUAUGCAUAAGUUCAAAGAGUAAACAUUAUAAGAAUAAACUUAAAUCUCAUUUCAUUAACUAAAUCAUCCAAUAUAUGUCAUUAAAAAUAUGGUGUGUUAGCUUUUUAUUGCUUGAAUUACUGAUACUUAAGGUACUAAAUGAGAAAAUAAAGUAAAAAUUUUUAAUUCACUAAACCUUCCCAGACAUAAAAUAAUGAAGGUAAACAUAAAAGUGUCUAGACCAAAUUAAUUUUAUUUAAGGUUAGGAAAUGAAUUUGACCCUAAAGAGUGCUUUAUUGAAGUUUUUGACAGAUUAUAUGAACAAUUCAAAAAAGUUUAAUCAGUCUGAAGAGCUUGUAUAUCUAGAUAAAAGUUUAUGUAAAUGAAAGAGGCUCACAGCUUAGCUUAGCUUCCUUUGAUAGCAGGUGGCUCUAAACUUUUCACCUGGGAGCCUUCUCAUUGGUUGAUUUCAAUAUUCCUUCUUUGAUUCUUAAUGAAUCCUGUGGUUUUUACCAUAAUGAAAGUAGAAAAUAGAAAAGACUCAGUUUUGCAUAAAAUGUAUCGUGCCAAGCUUCUGAGGAGUUGUUGCUUUUGCUCUUAAAUUAAUCCUCUUUCUCUUUGUAGAAGCCUUGUGGGGAUACUUUGUUUAAUAAAUGAUCUGUAUUUUUAAAAUGAAUUUUUUGCCUUCUUGGAAAGAUUGUGAACAUUAUUUCAUUUGAAACUAUAAGUUUUACAAUCUGUUUCUGUGCCUGAUAAUUUCUCUAAAAAUGAUGUCAUGGAUACUGCUGUAAUGUGUUAUUGUAAAAUUUAUACCAGCAUAAUUUUUUUUCACAAGGGAAUCAUUCUUGCACCAGUACAAAAUUUUACAGAUUUUAAUGGAACAAAUUCAAUUUUUAUUUGAUAUGUAGAAACAACAUUUGCUUUGUCUUAAAUUUCUUAUUUGGAAUGCUUUGUAAACAAUUUACUGCUUAUAUGAAACUUUAAUUAUAGCAGUUUUUUUUAGGUUACUGUACUAAGUUGUAUUGUGGUUGGAUAUUUGAAUCUUAUUAUGUCUAGUUUGGUUGCUGUCUGUGUUAUAUGUAAAACAGGAGAUGAAAAUGAAGUUAUAUUAGCACCAACUGAAGUCUUCAAUGUAUUCUUUAGUGUGUUGUGAAAAUAGAUAUCUCAGUUUUAAUUUUUUGUUCAAUUCUGGGAGGUAGUAUUAGGCAAGCAUUUGAGUCAAAUGUAAUUUUUUUUUCUUUUUUCAGUUACAGCUAAAGAUCCUAAGAAAACUAAAAGAGAAAGAAUAUCAGUGCAUGGCUUCUACAGAAUAGGAAAAGUUAUAGGAGAUGGAAAUUUUGCUGUUGUAAGGGAAUGUAAAAAUAGGUGGGUAACUUUGGGGCUCUUACAAAGACAUGAACUUUUUUUGUAAAAAAUAGAUAGCAUCACAAAUGACUUUUAUGUUUGAAAAUAACAAACUUCAAACUUGUGACAAAAUUACUGGACUGAAGAGCAUUCAUUUAUAUCCCACAUCACACCCAAAUAUAUGUCGUAAUGAAGUGUCAUUUUUUUGCAACAAAUACAAGGAAAGAACUCAAAUCUGUAAAAAAAAUCAGUGAAAUUGUAUAAUUGCUAAAAGAGGCAUUGAAAAAACAGUCUUAACAAGGAGAAAGCAUUGAAAUGGACUUUUCAUCUUGAUUUCUUGACAGGAAAACUAAUAAGGAAUAUGCACUGAAGAUUAUUAGCAAAGCUAAAGUAAAGGGAAAGGUAAGGUCUAUUUGUACAGAAUGUCUCUCACUUAACUUGCCUUGGUAGAGUGUUAUGGCAAGGCCCGAGCAUCUGAACAGAUACCCAAUGUUAUAUUGUUAAUGGUGUUUUAAAAUGAAGUCCUGAAAACAACACCCAAUUCAGCAAUACGUCUUGUAACAGCUUGAACCCACCUUGGGAGAUCAGAGUUAGUGAAGAUGGAAAGUGACAUUAAGGAGAAAGGUGAAAAGGGUUGUUUUUAUUAAUCCCUUACUACCUGUGGUGAACAGAGCAUCAAUUCAGUUUUUGUUCACUGGGAAGUUUGUUUUGUUUUUUUUUUCAUUGGGAAAACCUCCUUCUAGCUAAUCCUUUGAUAAGCAAUUCUCCCAUCAAGGUGUUGUUCCCUGUGAAAUUUGUUAUGAGGAUUUUUUUGCUAUAAUGAAGAAACAACCCUUGAGCCAGUGCAUUUGUUUAUUCUCAACACUGUGUUGAGGAUGUGGCAUUGAAAUUGCAAGGAGACCCUCUAUUCUUAUCUCUCCCUGUGGUGUCUGGUGUUAGGUAGGGUUACUUAACCCUUUAACUCCCAGAAGUGAUAAACAUGGCACUUCUCCCCCAAGUAUCCAUACAUUAUCCAGCAUACAGUUUAUGGGAAUACUCAAACCUAUCAUUUAACAGUUGUUAUCUUGAUUUAACACCAAAUUCUCAGAACUAAUUUACAAGGAAAUGUGUAGAAGCUAGAGUGGAUAAUAAGCAAGUAGAUCUUGGGAGUUAAAGGAUUAAAACCCUUUGUGAUUUCUUGUGGCUUAGGUGCAGUUGAAGAGAAGAGAUUGUCAUUGAUAUUGUGUUUUGCCUUCCUUUUACACUAAUGCUGCUAUUCCUCUUUCAGGAACAUAUGGUUGAAAAUGAAAUUAGUAUAUUAAGAAGAGUGAAACAUAAAAAUAUUGUGGAACUUAUUGAAGAGUAUGAAACUCCUAAAGAAAUAUUCCUUGUUAUGGAACUAGUUAAGGUGAGAAUCAAGAUGUUUCGUCAUGAUCAAAAUUAUACCAUAACUACCAGUUUACUUUGGUAAAGAUUUGAUUAUCUAUAACAUUUUAAUCAGCUGUAAAUGAGAAAAGUUGCCAAGAAGGAAUUUAAUAAUUUUUUCCUCUGACCCCUGCUUGAGGAGGUCUCCUUUCAAGAUAUGUAGGGAACAACUGUGAGCUUAAAAGUGAAGGUUACCAAAUUAAUGUUUCAUUUCUUUUUUUCUGAUUUAUUUAGGGAGGAGAUCUUUUUGAAGCAAUAGUAAAGGCCACCAAGUACACAGAGAAAGAUGCCAGCCAUAUGGUGCGCGACUUGGCAGCGGCACUGCAUUAUCUACAUUCCAUGAAUGUUGUACAUAGAGAUAUUAAACCAGAAAAUUUAUUAGUAAGUAGCUUGGUUGUAAGCUAUUUUGAAUCGCAAUUUAAGUGUUAUGAUUUGGGUAACUGUCAGUGGUGAUUUUUAUUUGUACAGAAUCCUAAUUGAACUUUCUUGUGUGCUUCUGUACAGGUUGUAAAUUAUUCAGAUAAUAGAAAAUCCUUGAAGCUAGCAGAUUUUGGACUAGCUACUGAAGUGAAAAGCCCCAUGUUCCUUGUUUGUGGAACACCAACUUAUGUUGCACCUGAAAUCCUGGAUGAAACAGGGUAAGUGUGAAACAAUUUGAAAAGAAAUUUGAUUAUUUACAGACCAAGAAGUUAUAAUCACUGGGUUUACUCUUACUUUCUUUGCAUUGAAUAAGAGCCCUCAACUUAACUUGCAAAUAUUUGGCAACAAAUAAUGGUCUAUCCGCUUGUCAUGCCAUUUAAUUGUGUUUUGCUAAAAGAAAUUUCAUGUUCAUGCAUUGUUGUAUCAAUGCUCUUGCUGAAAGACUGGGGGGAAGAAGGAUGACAAAACAAUUAUUAAUUAAUUGCUACAGACUUAUUAAGCUUUAGCAAUUAAUUGAUCUUCUUGUCAAUGGUAAAUCAUGAUUUUUUAUGAUAAUCUUGACGAACGAUAAACUAACAGGGAAUGAAAGUUAAGCACCAAGUUCAGUAGCUUAAGGUUCAUGUCUGACAAUCCAGUUUGAAUCUUAAACAAAGUUACCUUUUCUCAUGCAGCAGCUGCUAAUUAUGUCAUAAUAAAGGUAUUGGGGCUCCAUGAUUUAAAUUUAUUUUUUUUAUAACAGAUAUGGUCUGAAAGUUGAUAUUUGGGCAGCAGGAGUUAUCACUUAUAUUCUUCUUUGUGGAUUUCCACCAUUCAGAAGGUUUGUUAUUAUUUCACAAAAGUUUUAAAUAGUUUUGUUUUUCCUCUAAAUUCCUUUUUGGCGAUUUUUUUUGAUAACUUGUAAAUUUACUUUAUAUUCCUUAAAAUCAAUUAAAUAGAGAAUUAUACAUGUGUACACAUACAGUAGUUAUGAAAUUUUCCUUUGAGUGUUCUACUUGUAAGCAAUUGACUUUCAGGCAUUCUCUCAUCAGACAAUUAGACUAAUUGACCAACUGUUCUGUCUGGGUUCAAACCAUUCACUGUAUCAGUUAAAAGUCCUAUGCCAUGAGUUUAAUUUUUUUACCUUUCAUGUUGCAGUCCUGACCAGGAUGAACUGUUUGACUUGAUUCUUGCUGGGGAAUUUGAAUACCUGUCACCCUUUUGGGAUGAGAUAUCAGAUUCAGCAAAGGUAUGAAUUGCUGCAUCAAAAAAAAAAUUCUGUCUGGUGAUAUUUAUAAAACCUCUAUCUAAGAAAGGGAUUUGCUUUCAGGGGUGUGGGUGUGGAAUGUAAAUAAAAUGAUAUUUAACAAUUAUUGUUUUAAGGAGGGGAUCCCCUCACAGGGGUGUGUGUGGAAUGUAUAUGGAAUGAUAUUUAACAAUUAUUGUUUUAAGGAAGAGAUCCCCUCACAGGGGUGUGUGUGGAAUGUAUAUGGAAUGAUGUUUAACAAUUAUUGUUUUAAGGAGGGGAUCCCCUCACAGGGGUGUGUGUGGAAUGUAUAUGGAAUGACAUUUAACAAUUAUUGUUUUAAGGAAGGGAUCCCCUCACAGGGGUGUGUGUGGAAUGAAUAUGGAAUGAUAUUUUACAAUUAUUGUUUUAAGGAAGGGAUCCCCUCACAGGGGUGUGUGUGGAAUGUAUAUGGAAUGAUAUUUAACAAUUAUUUGCCUAAGGCUCAGUGAAUGUUGUUGAAUAAUUCUGAGACAAAGUUGAGGGGAUUAUUCACCAAUAUUCACCAGUGCUCCUUUGUUAUUGAAUGGCAAACAUUAUUUUUGACAAGGCAUUGGCACUCUUGUUAUUUCUUAUGAUAAUAACAUUUUUUUUUUUUGUAUAUCUUGUCUCCCAUCCCAGGAUCUUAUAAACCACAUGCUUGUUGUUGAUGACAAUAAAAGAUUCUCUGCUCUCCAAGUUUUAAAUCACUCAUGGAUAAAGGUGAUUAUUAUUUCAUCAUCACUUUUUAACAUAGUUUUUUAGUUUACAUUUCUGGGAGGAGUAAAAUACAUCGCCUUAUUUUUACAGGAAAAAAGUAUCUAACAGACAUUUUAGAUGUGCUGCAAACUUUUGGUUUAUGAUUGAUAGUGGCAAAAAAAUUCUUAACCCUCUAACUCCAAGAUCAAAUUUGUAAUUCUGCUCACUGUUAACCAUACAAUUCUUAUAAUGUUAGUUCAGAAAAUUUAAUAUUGGAUCAACUAAUUAUCCCCAAAUUGAUAUUUUUCUUUAUUCUCAUCACUUAUCUGGUUGAUACUGUAUUGAUGUUAUAAGGAGAAAUUCUGUCUUGGUGACUCAUUGGAGUUAAAGGGUUAAAGUAUGUUAUGAUCACUUUCUUAAUGGUGCAUCCAGCGUGCUAGAAUUGAUUAGCAAUUUCUCAAACUUUGAUGUUGUGUCAGUACUGUUGUGAUUACAACUUUGUAGCUCUUUGUGGCCAAGUGAAGAUUAUCAUUGGUUACAAGUGGUGUAGAUGUAUGUUUUUUCCAAAAAAACAGUGUGUUUAUCAACAUCUACAAAAUUAAUGCAGCAAGACUGAAGGUUAAUGUCCUUUGAUUGUGCAGGGUCAUACAACAGGAGAUAAGGACAUUCAUAGUAAUCUGAAAAUGGAAAUUACAAGAAAUUUUGAUCCAAGAAGAAGACUAAGAGGAGCUGCCAUCGCUGUACAAACGGUAAACUAUUUCUCAAAGAAAGCUCAGUCCAAUUCAAAGAGGAUGUCUUUUCAGACAGACAACCAGAGGCUCAUUGAGUCAAAGAAAGUUGUUUUCUCUGACGAAGUUCUCAACAUGCCUUCACAACCUAGCAGUGCUCAUGACGUGCAUCAUGGGUCUGACAGUAGAUUACACUUUUACGAAAAUGCAUGGCAAAAUAUAGAAAGUUUAACUGGUGGGGAUUUGCCUUAUAGGCAUGUGAGCAGUCCUGAUAUUCACAGUCCAAAAACUCAGCUUGAGAUUUCUGAUUUAGUUCUUAAUGCUGUUAGUGAACAAAGUGUACUUCCACAACAAGCAAAGCACAGCUUUGGCUGGUCUGAAAACAGGCGAAAGCCUGAUUUGAAGACAAAGCGCAGUCCAUCAUUACAGAAUGAUAGCCUUAGUUUAAAUAGUGAUCACAGAAUUCAUGAUUCCUGUGAAGACUGUGGAGUUAGACAGAGGAAAAGGUCCCAUAGUGCAAGGGUGGAACACAAAGAUGGAACUCCAAUUGACAAGUUCAACAUACCCCAAAUUACAAAAACGGAUUCUGUCAACUUGUGGCAAUUUGUUGAAAGAGAUCUUGUUCUCAAGCCAGCACUCAUAGAUGAGAAUGUGGUUGGCUCUAAAGGGGAAAAGGCUAACCUCAUUCUUGGCUCAGCUUCUGCUGAACAAACUCAGGACAGUUUGGAAACAAAGAUACCUGAUCAGUCAGAGAAAAAGAUGAGUGGUUUAGUUAACUUAACUGAGGAACUCAAAAGACUUAAAAUGAGCCUUUCAAAAAGAGCAAAUGUUGCUGUUGAAGUCUAGGGUAACAUUAAUUAACCAACAUGUAAAUCAUGUAAACCCUUAAAGGUUCUAAAGCCUAUGUCUGUAUGAUCAACUUACUUAUCAAAUAAGCAUUUCUUUGAUACUGAAUUAAAUUUGUAAGGUUUAUAACAGAAUCAAGGCAAUAAUAUCACUUUGAGCAAAGUUGAAAAGGUUUUGAUUAGUAGCAUCAAUUUUAUUGUAUUUGAUUUUAAAAAACGUAAAUGUACAGAAAAAGCAGAAGGUAAUUGUAAAUUAUAGACUAGUUUUGAAAGGUUUGGUGAAAAAAAAUUUGCAUUUAGAGAAUGAUAUCAAGGUUUUGAAUAUGUAUGACUUUAAAUGAAAAGUAGCAAGUUUGUAAUGAUUUUUGACAACAAAAUAAUUUCUGGUUACAGCUAUGAGUUGUUUUACAAAAUGGAGUAGUAUUUGGUAUUUUUUUGUAUAGGGUAAUUGAGUUAUAAGGUAGGUAUUUUUGAUAAAUAAAAUUAAAUAGAAGUAUUAUUAUUGAGAUGUUAAUUUGUAAGCAUAAGGUAAAUUUAAUGAUGGAAAAAAUCUAACAUAGGAAAUAAAUUUAAAUUGUCUCUCAAAAAAGUACAAUAAAUGCAUGUCAAUUUUGUAGAUGGAGAUCUUAAAUCGUCUUCAUGUAACCCUUGGUAGGUGGGUAUACUGCUGUACAGUUUCAUGAAAACAAAAUGCAAACAAUGAAAAAGAAGACUUUUCAUUUUCAGCUCUGAUCUUUGUUGCAGAGGGAAAAGUUAACUCACAGUUGUCUUGUAAUUCCUUUUAUAAAUUUUGAUACUUAACCCUUAAACCUCUGAGAGUGACUAUCAUCUAGUUUCUCCUUAGAAAAUCACCCCUCAGUGAAACAUUAAGAUAACAAGAAUAAAAGAAAUGAUCACCAACUAAAGAAGCUCUUGAUUUUUUUAAAACAAAUUCUCCUUGUCAGGGCCUUUGGAAAUGUAUAGAGAACUGUAGGGAGAAUAUGCAUACUGAUGUUAGGGUGUAAGCUAAGGGUUAAUGAAACAUGGGCAAUGAAUUAUUACUGGUAUCUAAGUAGCAGGCAUGAUGGCCCUCUAAACGAACAAGUAAGGAUAAUUUCUUAUAAAAAAGUUAAGUUGGUAUUGAAAUGUUCCAUAGGAAACUAAAUGUACAGAUAAGCAUAGGAAAUUACCAGUUUCUUGGAAUUACAGAAUCACAUAGGUUUUGUCUCUAAAAGAAGACACUGAUUGCAUAGGUUAAUAUAACUUGAUACUGCUGUAACUAAAAUGCUAUUUUGAAAUAAAUCUUUUUUAAAUCAUCUUCCUCUUAAUCCUUUUUCAAACUUCUUUUUAUUUGAGCUGAGUGUAAAUAUUGGUUUGAGUACGAUUUAAUCUGCCAUUUUUAUAAAAAUGCAUUUACCAUAAAAUUAAAUCAGAGAUUGAUGUUCUUUGUGUAAAGUAUUAAACCUGAAAAUGCCAAUUUCCUUUAUUCCUAUUAUGAAUUAAUAAAGUCGGACAAACCUUUAUCUUAGCAGGAAAAACUUGUGGAUACUUGAAAUUGGUGCUUUUACUCAGUGUUAUAAAAAAAAUAAAUAAUUUUUUUGUUUCCUUUUUAUAGAAGACUAUCUCAAAGUUUCUCAGGUGGCCCCAUCUUUGCAUUUUCUCAAUUUGCUUCAUUGUAGAAUAUAUUUUUUGGGGUGACUUCCUAUUUCCAAAUGCCAUUGAUGGACAUUUUAAAUGGUACCAUGCAUUUUUUUAAAAUAUGGCUUCAAGAGUGUGCAUUGUAGAGAGGAACUCCACACAUUUCUGCUCUUCUGGUAACUGAUUUCUCACUUGUUUUUGUUGCACAGAAAGGAAGGGAGAACCCCAGGAGCAAGGGUCCACAAAAGGACCAUGUCAGAAGAAAAGCCCUUUCACCUUUAUCAAGGAACAUUAUUAGAAAGGAUUUUCACAAAGCCACAGACUCUCUCAACAUCAUUAUGGAUGAACCAGAACAAUUGAAGAGUGUGAAAACUAACACUCCCCAAAAGAGACUCUCUGUGAGAACCCCUGCUAAUUAUGUUCCUGUAUGGAAGAGACCAUUAGGUCAGGCCAAGAGCCCUGGUGGGUCCCCAACUCCACAGAGUCCACAGAGAAAGGCAAAAAAUGGUACCAUUGGGAACCCACCCACUGCACAAGGAAAAUGUAAAGUUCUUAGACAACCACCAAUGAAAUUUAGGUUAUAAUGCUAGAUAACCAUGUUGCACAGACAUUUUCUGAUAACCUUACCUGUAAUGUGAGAGUUAAAAAUUCUAAAUUACAAUUUAAAGAACGAUUCAAUGCAAUAGAAGGUUUAAGCUUGGCUAAAAUUUAAUUUUAAAAACUUUUUAAAAAAGAUAGUAACAUUUAAGUCAGUCAAGUAGCAAACAAAAUGAUUGAAUUGCUGUUGUUAAUUACAUUGCUUAUAAUUUUAUAUCAAGGAAGAAAUAAAACACUGACAUAUAUAUAAAUAUUAAACAUAAUUUUUGUAGUAGCCCUCCUUGUUUAUUUAUUCCUGUAAUAUUUUCAUUUCUAUUUUUGUAAUAAAACCAAGAUAACCUUUUGAAAAUAAACUUAUAUAAUUUAUUAGAAAUGAGAAAUUUGAAUUUUAAAUGCCAGUGAAAGUCAUUUUAAAUUUUCAAAGUCCAACUUCCUUUGUUUUGACCUAAAUUUUAAGGAAGCAACACUAUAAAAGAGCAAUCUUUUUUCUAAGUAACUUAUUUAAAAACAUUCAUGUUGAUAACCAACAGAGGUUUAAACUGAUGUAAGACCAAGCUAACUGAUACAUAAACAUUACUGAAAAUUUAUUAAACUUUGGUACCUUUGUCAUUCUUAAAUCCAUCUUCUAUGACUUAAUCAGGGAUAUCUGUAGUUGACAUAACUGCUCUGACUUGAACAAUAAUAUAUCUCAAUCAACUAUGAUUGAAAUUAAGAAAAGGACUUGAUAAAUCAUUCAUCUAAAUUGUAGUGUAGCAUUCUUAAUUGGUAGCUAUGUGUUCCUAAACAAGUGAGAUGACACUACUCUGCAAAUUAAAUUUUCUUCUGUUUCUAAAUCACCAACUAAGAAUUAUCUUCAGGGGAAAUAAACUUGCGAUAUUUACUUCAAUCUGUUAAAGAUGUCUCUAAGGAUCCUUUCAUGAUCAUGCUAAUUUUCACAAAAUGUUCACAAAUCUAAUCCAGCUCAUCUGUCCUUCAAGUUCAAGAUUUUAAUUUAUUAAGGUAAGGUAUUAAUACCAAAGGUGAGUUUUGAUUUUUUUUUUGUAUUAAUAACUUGAUAAAAUUUUAUAAAAAAUUUUAAAAAUUAUAAUCUAUGGUAAAAUUAAUUCAAAUAUUUUGACAACUUUUUAAAAGGAAUUUCAUGUGUGUUUGUUCUUUUUUUUUUUUUUUUGUUUGGUUUUUGGGUUUGUGUGGUUGUCUUUUUGUGAUGGUUGUUGUGGUAAACUUGUUGUUCUUUUUGAAAGAUAACUUAACUUUUGAGCUGGUUAAAACAAAAGUGAAUUAGGGUAAAAGCAAGUCAACAAUACACAUACAGUACACCGACUUUAAAGAAAGUUCUUAACUUUAAACAGUAAACAAAAGCGUUUUUAGUAACCAGCGAAACUGUAGAAUAUCCUCUCAAUAACUUAAUAUGUUUUUUUCUCUGUGUCAAAACUCCUGAAUAAGUUGUCACAAGUUGUAAAUUCAGAGAUUGGUUGGUAACCUCUCAUACCAAAAUCAUUGAUCGUUCAGGUGUGUAGUGAUUAUGCAAUCCCAGUCAUCUCUCAGACCCUACAAUCAAAAAGAGAUGUGUAAGGUUAUGAAGGUACCAAAUAUUGAGAGGAGGAAGGUUUAUUUUCCUAAGACAACACAUACCUACCUCAACCACAUUUUCUAAUCACAAUCCAGCUUUGAAUGAAUUAAGGUCAACUGAGGUGAUAUACUUGUCAAUUUUUUGUGGUAAUUGCAUCAAUAAUUGUGCAUAAGUUGCCAUACCCUGCUGAAGCAGCAAUGAUGUUUCCGACUUUUGCAGUGUAAGAUUAUUAUAGAGACAAUAGCUGGAGAUCAUAAUGGAGAGGGAAAUGUCCCCUGGGAAGACAAUUGGGGUACUAAUAUUAAUACACCACAAGCCUUUGUCAGUGAUGGACUGCUGUAUUAAUCAGUGAUUAAAAGUUAUCACAAGUGUUUUCAAUUUUUUCUGCGUGAGUGUGAUCUGGGAUUGAUUUGACUAAUAAUUGUUUUUUUUUGUUUUGCUUUAGGUUAAUGCCCUAGAGAAACUCAGCAAAUCUCUACAAGAUGGGAGGAAACUUGCGGUUGGUGAGAGUUACCAGGACUUGUCACCAGCAGUCAAGGAAAAUCACCCUGUUCAUCAUCGCUAUCCAGAUAGACACAGCUCACAUGCGAAACAAAGACCAAAGAGCUUAAAUUUUGAGAUCUUUUUCAGUGAACAGGAGGAAAUAAAUAGAACUGAUGAUGAAAAGAUUGAGAAUUUAAAUGGAGAAUUUAUCAAAGACGAAGCUGUAAUUCAGUAUCAUGCAGAGUCCUCAAAUCUAUCGCAGGAAGAGGAAAAAGAAUAACUUAAUCAUGAAGUUGUGAAGAGUGAAAGAGACCAGAAAGCAGCUCUAUAAAAUGUACAAAAAGCUUCGUAGAAGGAUGGCAGAAAGGCAGAUAAAGCUGAGUAUCCCUCAAGAUAAUCUACCAUCUAAAAUAAUACUAGAGACUUAAACUGAGCAUUGCACAGGGUAGCCAAUGUAGUUUGUGUGUAACCUGAUGGCUUGUUGGCAAUAUGACAGAGUGCCUUUUAUACGCUCAAGUCUUGGUGCAAAGAUGUCUGUAUUAAGAAAAGCAAGUUAAAGGAAGUUUGAUGGCAAUGGCAGUGCUACGUAAGAAAGUACUGUAUUUGACCCUGAACAGGGAAACAUGAAUUUCUUUAACUCUUAGUGCCCUUUUUGGGUGCCCUUUUUGGUCAGAAUUAGCAGGGGAACAUCUUUUAGCAGAGGAUAGAAAUUAAAUCUUUAAAGUUUUUAUCUCUCUGCUCAGUAAACCUGUUGUUAUUGCAUUCAUGGUUUCUUAAAUUUCCUAGUGAUACCAUUGUGGAUACUGCUCUGUUGUACUCAAUACCUCUCACUACUAAUAAAGGGGGCGAGUUUUUAAAGAAACUGUGGUGCAGCAAGAGUAUGGCAGGUAAUUUAGUGUUAAAUUGAGUUGAAAACGUAAAUUGGCCACCUAUCGCUCUUAUGGAGGGCUCAAAACGUCAGUUUUUUUACUCUUUACGGUGGCCAAUAUACGUUUCAACUCAGUUAACACUAACUUACCUCACUACUAGUUAGUAAUUUUCUAAUUUCUUGAAAAUGUGUGAUAAUUGCAACAGACUUGUAGAUGAAGAGCUUUUAUUUAUAUGUAUAAGUAUGAAACCUACCAAGGUUGUAAAUGU